UGGAACUAGGUGUGGAGUCCGUGACAAAGUCUUUACAACUAACAAGCAAAACGAUGACUGCAGUCACCCAAUGAAGCUCAGUAAAAUGACAUUAAUAAAUGUGGAUGAUGAGAGCAGAGUUUACUUCCACCUCCCAAAUCUUGGAAAAAUAAAUCCUUCUGACUGCGUCGAUAUGGAUUGUGAUGGUUUGAAGCAGACACUUAUUAAAGAUUUAGAUGGGACAUUCACUGGAAGGCCGGGUACUAUUAUCGGUCGGUCGGCCUUGGCCUGGAAUGGGGACAGACGAAGAGGAUUAGGAGAUUAUCGUAUACCUAAAGUAAUGCUGACUGAAUACGAUGGUACCCGUAUCGAACUCAGGAAUCUGUUCACAGGCAAAGGUAUCAGCAGACAGCAGUCGUGCAGGAAUGAUACAGUAUGGAACGCCUAUUAUUGUGCUGGGAUGGACCACGCGAUGCUCAUGAUAGAAAGUAUGGAUAAGGAUACCGAAACCCGUCGGGUCGGACCUGUAGCCAUGCUAGGCAAUGGUUAUAUCGAUUUGAUAAAUGGCCCACAGGAUCAUGGAUGGUGCGCCGGCUACACCUGUCAGAAACGACUAUCAACCUUUCCAGUGGUAGUAGCCAUAGGUGUUGAGUAUCAGAUGUAUUUCUCCAGUACAAAUCCACAACAUCUGCGGUUCUUCCUCCUAAAUUCCAACCCUUCUCAGGCCAUCAUCAUCGUCCUGUACUACAAAGUCUCUAAUACCCUGUCUGUGUAUCACAAUGGAGACAAAGUACAACCAAAGAAUGCCCACUACGCUGACGGUACGAUCAAGUACCAUACUCCCUCCACACCACGGCAGUAUGUACCCUUGAUAGACACUGAUCCAUCCGGGUCAAACUUCUACGACUGGGAUAAACAACAACUAUAUGUUCUCAUCAGGGGAAGUGACCCUGUUGAAAUUAAAAUGGACAAGCUUAUCUUAGUGUCCCUUACAUUACCACCCAUGACUGUUAACCAGUUCUUUCUAGAGAAUCUGAUUGGAAAUGUGGCCGCGCUUCUGAAUAUCAACAAGGAUAAGAUCAAAGUUGUCCGUGUUGUGAGCGAGGCAUCAAAGAGGCGAAAGAAAAGAGAGACACAGCCAGACAUCAUCACAUUUGCCAUCGGCAACGAACCUGCUGCCUCGAUUUCAAAUAGCACCAACGCCACUAAUAAUGGAGAAGAAGGCGAUUUGAGUCCAUCAGAACUGGACACUGUCUAUAACACACUUACAAAUGAUUUGGCCACGGAAGGUGCAACCAGCUUGUUCAACCUCUCAGUUGAAGCUACUGUUGCUGUCAGCUCGCCACUUCCUGAACCUGGGACUGACGACUGGACGGCCCAGAGUAAUGAUACGGAGCGUACCAUGGUGGUGGUCAGCACAGUAAACAGCAUGUCUUUUCUAACUACGCCAGGACCUCUACACGAAGGUGCACGCUUCAUUCCACAACCAAGGAUACAAAUGCUAGAUCAAAACGGAGAGGCAAUGGCUGUAGUAGGGUCAGUUAUCUCCCCCUGGCGAGUGACUGCUACACUGGAAGGAGGAGACAACCCAAAUGCGACAUUGAUGGGAACUGUUUCUGUUCCUGUGGUUAAUGGUAUCGCCGACUACACAGACCUGUCUGUAUCACAUUUCGGCGAUAACUUCGCACUGAGGUUCACAGUAACUUAUCCACAAAAUCUGACUCGUUUUACCCUCGUCACGACAAACUUCACCCUUCCAAGGCGCCCAGUGGUCCCGUUAAUCCACGAACAGUCUGAUAGAACUGUGUCGGGGCGUCUAUCCUCCAUCAACGUCAAACUUGUUGAUAAUGUCACCAAGUUAGACAUUAAUGACAUUGACUGGCGGGGGCAUACCUGGAAUGCAACUAUAGAACUUGGCUCCAUCUCUCCAUACAACAAUGGUACACUGACUGGAUCACAGGAAGUGACAUUUGACCCUGCGACAGGAAUGGCUGUUUUCAACAAUUUGAACUUUACACAUCGUGGUUCCUAUUUCCUAAUUGUUCGUAUAAAGUCGGACCCCGCGGAAUAUGAGGAACAAACGCCAGUAUCCUUUCGAGUGAUCUCACCAGACCAGGAAAAUAUCAUACCGCAGGUGUCCAAGUUGAUGAGAAUGAAAUUUGACGUAGACUUCAAAACUUGUGGUCGGAGAAAACGUCACGAAAUUCACAGCACAUAUUGAAGACUUCAUCUCCCAGAUGUUCGAUAGGGUGUUGCUUCGUAACUUCGAAAUUGGAGAGGGGAGCAUCAUUGUAACGUUUACAGUGGAAGGAGGUGUUGCUGAUGUCAACAACACUAUUUACUCCGUCUGUUCAUCCAUUGACGAUGGUGAUAACUUCAACUACGGAGGAACUAACCUUGUUUUCUCCGGCUACCUCGAUGUGAAUGGAGUGUCAUUUUAUGGUAGCUCGUGUGGUACCAAGAAACCAGACGAGGAAAAUGAGCAAACGAAGUUGAUCAUCUACAUCAUCAUCGCUUGUGUCGUGGCUGGAUUGUGUCUUAUUGCUGCUAUCGUCUUCUUCUGUCUCUGGAAAUUCAAGAUCCAUCCCAAGACACAAACAGGAGACGUCCAGAAUCAAAAGUACAAGCAGGAUAUUGACGAUAUCCUGUUCCGUGAGAAGUCCUUUAUGAACGUCUCUGCUCCUGUGUCCACGAUGAUGGCAAGACCUCCCCGCUACAGCACAAGGGAAAACACAACCGCUACUCUGUCAUCGGUCAGCUCGGAAACCCCCAGAGGGACAAACAUUUGAUGAAAAAUAAUUACCAGCCUGUCAGCGGCCAACCCGAACACAUUUGGAGGGGCAGACAUUUGAGGAACGGACAAACAGCAAUGUUACACCAAUAUAUGACCUAUAACUAGUAACGAAAUACAUGUAUGGGGUCGUCUUUUUACAUUAAUCAAUUUUACCUGGAAUUAUACCAGUAACUGAAUAUUCGGAAUUUUUUUUUUCGUAAACUUUCAGUUAUUAGAGUUUAAGAAAUAUUUUGGUUCUAUCCAUCUUAAUUUGAGCAGAUGAAAUUUUCAUUCAAACACAAUCAUUAAGAUUUCGGAUUUUUUUUUUUAUUAGGUCAUAAUAGACAAAGUAGAGUAAUAACAUUGUUUGUAGCUAUUUAUUAAGAAGUAAACAUAACUAUAAUAUACAGAUACCGGUACAAUCUCAAGCAAGUAACAACAUGUAUUACUGACAAUUUUUGCAUUUUUUUUAUUCAGAGUGAGAUAUAAACAUAUCCCGACACUGGUAUAACAUAAACGCAUCUGUUAAAGCAUGACUUUAUUUUUAUUUUAAUCAAAUGAAGUCCUAGUAUUAGCAUUUUAUACAGCGUUACAUCCAAAAAGACAACGUCUAUUCAUCAAACAAAUGGCGUGUUAGUUCAUGUUUGACCUUAUUUGAUGAAAACAUAUUUCGCAUUGCUAAACGUCAAUGCGGUUCAACUAAAGAUAUUAUCUGUAAAUUGCUGAUCAUGCAUAUUUAGGCGGGACACAACUGGUCAAUAAUCUGUAGUGACCAGGUAUGUCACUCACAUUUCCAUAUCUGUGAUAUUAUAUAUAUCUAUAUAUCGUGUCGUCACCAUGGAGACACGAUGAAUACCCAAGAUUAGUUUUGUUAUUAAUUAUAUGUGUUUAUACUAUUAUUAUACUAUAUUCGUUUGAAUUUGGUGUUUUUUACUGACUGUUCAUAGAUCAUGUUAUACUAACGGAAACUGAAACUUCUUACUAAAAUUGUGAUUUAUCGUUGUUAACGCCAUGGCUCCUAUUCAUAUUUUUAAAGGAAGUCAUAUGACAUAAUUCGUAUAAAUGUUGACAAUUUGCCUGUUUCAGUCUUUAACUGUAGUUUUUCGACUAUCUACAUUGACAUUUGUGGUCUUUAACUGUAGUUUUUCGACUAUCUACAUUGACAUUUGUAGUCGUUAACUGUAGUUUUUCGACUAUCUACAUUGACAUUUGUAGUCUUUAACUAGUUUUUCGACUAUCUACAUUGACAUUUGUAGUCUUUAACUAGUUUUUCGACUAUCUACAUUGACAUUUGUAGUCGUUAACUGUAGUUUUUCGACUAUCUACAUUGACAUUUGUAGGCUGUAACUGUAGUUUUUCGACUAUCUACAUUGACAUUUGUAGUCUUUAACUGUAGUUUUUCGACUAUCUACAUUGACAUUUGUAGUCGUUAACUGUAGUUUUUCGACUAUCUACAUUGACAUUUGUAGUCUUUAUCUGUAGUUUUUCGACUAUCUACAUUGACAUUUGUAGUCGUUAACUGUAGUUUUUCGACUAUCUACAUUGACAUUUGUAGUCGUUAACUGUAGUUUUUCGACUAUCUACAUUGACAUUUGUAGUCUUUAACUAGUUUUUCGACUAUCUACAUUGACAUUUGUAGUCUUUAACUAGUUUUUCGACUAUCUACAUUGACAUUUGUAGUCGUUAACUGUAGUUUUUCGACUAUCUACAUUGACAUUUGUAGGCUGUAACUGUAGUUUUUCGACUAUCUACAUUGACAUUUGUAGUCUUUAUCUGUAGUUUUUCGACUAUCUACAUUGACAUUUGUAGUCUUUAACUAGUUUUUCGACUAUCUACAUUGACAUUUGUAGUCUUUAACUAGUUUUUCGACUAUCUACAUUGACAUUUGUAGUCUUUAUCUGUAGUUUUUCGACUAUCUACAUUGACAUUUGUAGUCGUUAACUGUAGUUUUUCGACUAUCUACAUUGACAUUUGUAGUCUUUAACUAGUUUUUCGACUAUCUACAUUGACAUUUGUAGUCUUUAAUUGUAGUUUUUCGACUAUCUACAUUGAUAUUUGUAGUCUUUAACUGUAGUUUUUCGACUAUCUACAUUGACAUUUGUAGUCUCUAACUGUAGUUUUUCGACU